AGCCGGAGUCAGCGGCGGGUGGCGGCGCCUGGAACCUGGAGCCCGAGCCGCCGCCCCCUUGCUACCCCCUUCCCGCCGCCCGGGCAUGGACUGACGAACGCCCCCUCUCUGCUCUACUCCCUCCCCGCCCCCCUGCAGGAAGGAGGCGCCCCCAAGUCUCCCCUUCUGCCUGAGGGGCCGUGCGGGCCGCCGGGUCAGGCCGUGCUGGUCCGGAGUCGAGCCUGCGGUGGGGGACCGGCUGAGGCUCGCGAGGGUAGAGGCGAGCGCUGCCGGCGCUGUCGCCGCCGCCGCCGCCGUCGCCGUCCGCUGCCUCGCGGGGCCGAGAUGGCGGCGGAGCGGGGGGCCCGGCGGCGCCUGAGCGCCUCCUGCUUCUGGCUGAGCUGCCUUCUGCUGCUGCUCGCACGCCUGGCUCCCGGCGCCGGGGCCGCCAGGAGCGGGGCCCCGCUGCCGUCCGCAGGUGUCGGUGUUCGAACAUUUACUCCAUUUUAUUUUCUGGUGGAGCCGGUGGAUACGCUCUCAAUUAGAGGCUCUUCUGUUAUAUUAAAUUGUUCAGCAUAUUCUGAACCUUCUCCAAAAAUUGAAUGGAAAAAAGAUGGCACUUUCUUAAACUUAGUAUCAGAUGAUCGACGCCAGCUUCUCCCAGAUGGAUCUUUAUUUAUUAGCAAUGUGGUGCAUUCCAAACACAAUAAACCUGAUGAAGGCUACUAUCAGUGUGUGGCCACUGUUGAUAGCCUUGGAACUAUUGUUAGUAGAACAGCCAAGCUUACUGUAGCAGGUCUUCCAAGAUUUACCAGCCAGCCAGAACCUUCUUCUGUUUAUGCUGGGAACAGUGCAGUUUUAAAUUGUGAAGUUAAUGCAGACUUGGUUCCAUUUGUGAGGUGGGAACAGAACAGACAGCCCCUGCUCCUGGAUGAUAGAAUUAUCAGGCUUCCUAGUGGGACACUGGUGAUCAGCAAUGUGACUGAAGGAGAUGGGGGACUGUAUCGCUGCUUAGUUGAAAGUGGUGGGCCACCAAAGUAUAGUGAUGAAGCUGAAUUGAAGGUUCUUCCAGAUCUAGAGGAAACAGCAAACUUAGUGUUUUUGAAACAGCCUUCUUCCUUAGUCAGAGUCAUUGGUCAGAGUGCAGUGUUGCCAUGUGUUGCUUCAGGAUUUCCUGCUCCAGCUAUUAGAUGGAUGAAAAAUGAGGAGUUACUCAACAUGGAAAGCUCUGAAAGAUUGGUCUUGCUGGCAGGUGGUAGCCUGGAGAUCCGUGAUAUCAUUGAAGAUGAUGCUGGGACAUAUUUUUGUAUAGCUGAUAAUGGAAAUGAGACCAUUGAAGCUCAAGCAGAGCUUAUGGUGCAAGCCCAGCCUGAAUUCCUGAAACAACCUGCUAAUAUAUAUGCUCAGGAAUCAAUGGAUAUUAUAUUUGAAUGUGAAGUAACUGGGAAGCCAACUCCAACUGUGAAGUGGGUCAAGAAUGGGGAUAUGGUUAUCCCAAGUGAUUACUUUAAGAUUGUAAAGGAACAUAAUCUUCAAGUUUUGGGUCUGGUGAAAUCAGAUGAAGGGUUCUAUCAAUGCAUUGCUGAGAAUGAUGUUGGAAAUGCACAAGCUGGAGCCCAGCUGAUAAUCCUUGAACAUGAUGUUGCCAUCCCAACAUUACCUCCCACUUCACUGACCAGUGCCACUACUGACCAUCUAGCACCAGCCACAGCGGGACCUCUGCCUUCAGCCCCUCGAGAUGUUGUGGCCUCCCUCGUCUCUACCCGCUUCAUCAAACUGACAUGGCGGACACCUGCAUCUGAUCCUCACGGGGACAACCUCACCUACUCUGUGUUCUACACCAAGGAGGGCAUUGCCAGAGAGCGUGUUGAGAAUACCAGUCACCCGGGAGAGAUGCAGGUUACCAUUCAAAACCUAAUGCCAGCAACUGUGUACAUCUUCAGAGUUGUGGCUCAGAAUAAGCAUGGAUCCGGAGAGAGUUCAGCUGUACUACGAGUUGAAACACAACCUGAGGUUCAGCUCCCUGGCCCUGCACCUAACAUCCGAGCUUAUCCAACUUCUCCUACUUCCGUCACGGUCACAUGGGAGACACCAGUGUCUGGCAAUGGGGAAAUCCAGAAUUACAAAUUAUACUACAUGGAGAAAGGAACUGACAUUGAGCAGGAUGUUGAUGUUUCAAGUCAUUCCUACACCAUUAAUGGUUUGAAAAAAUACACAGAGUAUAGUUUCCGAGUGGUGGCCUACAAUAAACAUGGUCCUGGAGUCUCCACACAGGAUGUUGCUGUUCGUACAUUAUCAGAUGUUCCCAGUGCUGCUCCUCAGAAUCUGUCAUUAGAAGUGAGAAAUUCAAAGAGUAUUAUGAUUCACUGGCAGCCACCUUCUCUAUCCACACAAAAUGGACUAAUUACUGGUUACAAGAUUCGCUACCGAAAGGCCUCCCGCAAAAGUGAUGUCACCGAGAUCUUGGUAACUGGGGCACAGCUGUCUCAACUGAUUGAAGGUCUUGAUCGGGGGACUGAAUAUAAUUUUCGAGUGGCUGCUCUAACAGUGAAUGGUACAGGCCCGGCAACUGACUGGCUGUCUGCUGAAACUUUUGAAAGUGACUUAGAUGAAACUCGUGUUCCUGAGGUGCCUAGCUCUCUUCAUGUCCGCCCGCUUGUCACUAGCAUCGUAGUAAGCUGGACUCCACCAGAGAAUCAGAACAUUGUGGUGAGAGGUUAUGCCAUUGGUUAUGGCAUUGGUAGUCCUCAUGCUCAGACCAUCAAGGUGGACUAUAAACAACGCUAUUAUACCAUUGAAAAUCUGGAUCCAAGCUCUCACUAUGUGAUUACCCUGAAAGCAUUUAACAACGUGGGUGAAGGCAUCCCCCUAUAUGAGAGUGCCGUGACCAGGCCACACACAGACACUUCUGAAGUUGAUUUAUUUGUUAUUAAUGCUCCAUACACUCCAGUGCCAGAUCCCACUCCCAUGAUGCCACCCGUGGGAGUUCAGGCUUCCAUUCUGAGUCAUGACACCAUAAGGAUCACUUGGGCGGACAAUUCCCUGCCCAAGCACCAGAAGAUUACAGACUCCCGGUACUACACAGUCCGAUGGAAAACCAACAUCCCAGCAAACACCAAGUACAAGAAUGCAAAUGCAACAACAUUAAGUUAUUUGGUGACUGGUUUAAAACCAAACACACUCUAUGAAUUCUCUGUGAUGGUGACCAAAGGGCGAAGAUCAAGCACAUGGAGUAUGACAGCCCAUGGGACCACCUUUGAGUUGGUUCCUACUUCUCCACCGAAGGAUGUGACAGUUGUAAGUAAAGAAGGAAAACCAAGGACCAUAAUUGUGAAUUGGCAGCCUCCCUCUGAAGCCAAUGGCAAAAUUACAGGCUACAUCAUAUAUUACAGUACAGAUGUGAAUGCGGAGAUACACGACUGGGUUAUUGAGCCUGUGGUAGGAAACAGACUGACUCACCAGAUUCAAGAGCUAACACUUGACACGCCGUAUUACUUCAAAAUCCAGGCUCGGAACUCAAAGGGCAUGGGGCCCAUGUCUGAAGCUGUGCAGUUCAGAACACCUAAAGCGGACUCCUCUGAUAAAAUGCCUAAUGACCAAGCCUCAGGGUCUUCAGGAAAAGGAAGCCGGAUACCGGACCUAGGACAUGACUACAAACCUCCAAUGAGUGGCAGCAACAGCCCUCAUGGGAGCCCCUCUCCUCUAGACAGUAAUAUGCUUCUGGUUAUCAUCGUUUCUGUUGGUGUCAUCACCAUUGUGGUGGUUGUGAUUAUUGCUGUUUUUUGUACCCGGCGUACCACCUCUCACCAGAAAAAGAAACGAGCUGCCUGCAAAUCAGUGAAUGGCUCCCACAAGUAUAAAGGUAACUCUAAAGAUGUCAAACCUCCAGACCUCUGGAUCCAUCAUGAGAGACUGGAGCUGAAACCAAUUGACAAGUCUCCAGACCCAAACCCCAUCAUGACCGAUACUCCCAUUCCUCGCAACUCUCAAGACAUCACACCAGUGGACAAUUCCAUGGACAGCAAUAUCCAUCAAAGGCGGAACUCAUACAGAGGGCAUGAAUCAGAGGACAGCAUGUCUACACUGGCUGGAAGGCGGGGUAUGAGACCAAAGAUGAUGAUGCCCUUCGACUCUCAGCCACCCCAGCCUGUGAUUAGUGCCCAUCCCAUCCAUUCCCUCGAUAACCCUCACCAUCAUUUCCACUCCAGCAGCCUCGCUUCUCCAGCUCGCAGUCAUCUCUACCACCCGGGCAGCCCAUGGCCCAUUGGCACAUCCAUGUCCCUUUCAGACAGGGCCAAUUCCACAGAAUCUGUUCGAAAUACCCCCAGCACUGACACCAUGCCAGCCUCCUCAUCUCAAACAUGUUGUACUGACCAUCAGGAUCCUGAAGGUGCUACCAGCUCCUCCUACUUGGCUAGCUCCCAAGAGGAAGAUUCGGGCCAGAGUCUUCCCACAGCCCAUGUUCGCCCUUCGCACCCGUUAAAGAGUUUUGCGGUGCCAGCAGUCCCACCCCCCGGGCUCCCCACUUACGAUCCUGCGUUGCCAAGCACACCGUUACUGUCCCAACAAGCUCUGAACCAUCACAUUCACUCAGUGAAGACAGCUUCCAUUGGGACUUUAGGAAGGAGCCGGCCUCCUAUGCCAGUGGUUGUUCCCAGUGCCCCUGAAGUACAGGAGACCACGAGGAUGCUAGAAGACUCGGAGAGUAGUUAUGAACCAGAUGAGCUGACCAAAGAGAUGGCCCACCUGGAAGGACUAAUGAAGGACCUAAAUGCCAUCACAACCGCAUGACAACCUUCACCGAGACCCAGCUCCAAGCCUGAGUUUAGAAGUCUUGGAACUUAGCCUUGAAAGCAAGGAAUUGUACAGAGUACGAGAGGACAGCACUUGAGAACACAGUGAGCCAGCAGAUGAGCCAGCACCUCUACGUGGGGUUGGCUCCAGGCACAGGCACCUACCUUCUCCCGGUCAGCCUGGAAGACGCCCGCGUCAAGGCACCUUCCCUUUGCCUGCUGAUUCCCUGUGGGGCUGGGCACCAUGGGCCAAAAUUCUGUGUCCAGGAAAGAGGCAAGAAGUGCAACCUGCAUUUCACUUUGUGAUCAGGCUGUGUCUUCAUGCUGCAACUGCAUCACUUUUAUAGAGUGUAGACAUUGGAAUUUAUGUACAAUUUUAUUUGUGUCCUAUUUUAUUUUGCCUUUAAAAAAAAAAAAAAAACACGUAUCAAAAACCAAGGAAGUCCGUGGUGUUCUCCACAAGUGGUUGACAUUUGGCUGCUUGUUCCAGUUGCAUAUGGAAAGUCAUUGACAGUGUGGGUUGUGCCAGGGGUUGACUUGUUUUUGGUUUUGUUUGUAUGUUUUAAUUCUGAGAUGUUGCAUCCUCUACCAGCUGUUAAUCCAUCACUUUGAGGGGGAGGAAAUGUUGCAUUGCUGUUUGUAAGCUUUUUUAUUAUUUUUUUAUUAUAAUUAUUAAAGGCCUGACUUUCUCCUCUCAUCACUGUGAGAUUACAGAUCUAUUUGAAUGAUAUGUAACAUUGAAAAGACUUGCUUUCUGUGCAGAUUCGGUAUUGGGGUGGGGGCUGGGGGUUGGGAAAAGGAAAUGGAGGGGCUACUGAGGUGCUGUGAAUGUUUCGGUCAUUGUACUUUCUUCUAGAAGCCUGCAGAGAACAGAAGCGUCUUUAUUGUCCUUUCCUGGCAUGUCCAUCUUAUUGUCACUACAUUGCAACUGAAGUUUUGUUCGAAUCUGGUUAAAAGCUCUUCUGUGCAAUAGGUGGGUUUGAAGAUGUAGCCCCCUGAUGUCUUGGUCCUAUCCUGAUGGAAAUGUCAGUGCUGAGGACCCUGGGGUUAUGUUUCUAGUUGUGAAAGGGUACUAAGUAGAGCAUGAGCCUGGUUCCACUCCUGGGAGUCAGAAAGCACAUUUUUUUGCUGUUGGCAGUGGCUGCCUUUGGAGAGGUGGGAGCUUUGUUUUCUUCUCUGGUGCCUGUCCUCAGCCAGGCAGACUCUCACUUCCCCAUUGGACAGCCCAUCAGAAAAAGCAUAUGAGCCGAGGAUUUAUCUCAGCAGCAUAAGUGCCUGCCUUGCAAGUGCGAGGUCGUGAGUUCAAUCCCCGGUACCAAAAAAAAAAAAGCAUACAAAGGGCAAGGCAAGGCCAGGCUAUAGCAUCCCUAUGGUUCCCCACUUUCUGCACAUAGUUCUUCAAGUGGCAGGAGACAGACAGCAGAGGGCCAACAGAAGCAGCUGACCCCGCAUGCCAGCAGCUCAGCCAAACCCCAGGUAGAAUGAGGUGGCAAGGAGUUUAAGGUAUGGUAAAGGCUCGCCACACAUAGCAGCUCUUGCCUUCGCAGAAUUCUUACCGUCUUUUUCUUGAAAAGGUAAGGAGUUAAGAUGUGUGAUUGUUUUAUUUUAACUAUUUAGACAGUAUAUUGAAAAACACAGGAGUGGCUCUUAAGAAUCUUCUAUUCCCCAGGAGACAGUGUGGGGACAGUGAAGAGGUAAAUGGGCCUGGGUUCUUAACCAACGAGACUGCCGAUGCCACUAGCAGGUGUCCCCACUCACUGCCCCAUCCUGCUCAGGCCUCACAGGUCCCCUGCAGGCCUGGAGCCAGCCACCUACCUUUGAACAUGGGUCAUUUCCCCCAUCUCAUGUCUUACCACACAUUUUCUUUUAUACAAGAUGAACUUUGCAUUUAUGAUUUAGUGAGGGCAACGUAAAGGGCACUGCAGGAACUACUGCCACGCUAGCUAGUUGCAUCAUGGUGCCAGGCGGGGUUCUGGACACCCAGCGCAUACCAUCUGAUCCUGAAAAGAGCAGUCAAAGCAUCCUGGCCAUCAGGAGGGCUGGAGUCCCCAGAAACUCUCGUACCUUCUUGCCCAAAGAACAUGCUCAGUAUUUAGGGCAUUCCCUCCCGUGAACCCUGACACUUCUGUUACCUCAGGGCCUCUGUACCUGGAUACUGCCACAGAAUUGGGGUGGGGUGGGCGAGGGACCUAUUUUUAAAUAAAGUGUUCAAAGUUGGAAAUUUUUUAAAAUUAAGAAAAAGGAAAGCUAUUCUGUAUUGUACCUUUUCACGGUUUAAUACAUUUUCUUACAUUUUCCUGUGAUUUUUGAAACUAAACCAUUGUGUGUCUCGUGUCCUACUUAAGCUGUUGCUCAGUAGCUUCCUUCGGGUAAUGUGAAACCAGUGUGUGUGUUGCCGUGUGUUGCCUGCUGGAGGGGCCCGGAGGACUGCUGGGACUGGGUUCUGUACACACUUGUUUGGCCUUUUCUGUAGUUGAUGCUGUAAACUCUAUGGCUUUUAAAAAAAAAUUCAUGUUUUUAUUUUGUAUUGGAAAUCCAAUACACUUUUUUAAUCCAAUCAAA